ACAAAUAAUGUUGUCGCAAUCAUAAGGGUCCAAGAAGUUCAAGUACAAAGAGCAGGCUGUUAAAUACAACCGUUUAGACAGACCCCGAGUUCGGUGUUUGGAUUCACAGAAGUUUUGUAUCGCGUUUUGUGUGUCAUUCAAGACCUGAAUAAUGGCAGGCAGAGACAAGGCGACGGAUCAGAUGAAACUGUGGAAGGAGGGCCGCGGCUCUCAGCGGCCAGAUGUCCUGACCACUGGAGCCGGAGUCCCGAUUGGGGACAAGAUAAACUCCAUGACGGCGGGUCCGCGUGGGCCACUGCUGGUCCAGGACGUAGUGUUUGCUGAUGAAAUGGCCCACUUUGACCGAGAGAGGAUACCAGAGAGGGUCGUGCACGCUAAAGGAGCAGGAGCGUUUGGCUACUUCGAAGUGACCCAUGACAUCAGACGCUAUUGUAAAGCCAAAGUGUUCGAGCAUGUGGGAAAGACGACACCCAUCGCUGUUCGCUUUUCCACUGUGGCUGGCGAGUCUGGGUCGGCAGAUACCGUCCGAGAUCCUCGAGGAUUUGCAGUGAAGUUUUACACCGAUGAGGGCAACUGGGAUCUUACUGGAAACAACACCCCGAUCUUCUUUAUCAGGGAUGCGCUUCUGUUUCCGUCCUUCAUCCACUCGCAGAAGCGAAAUCCGCAGACUCACGUGAAGGAUCCGGAUAUGGUUUGGGAUUUCUGGGGUUUGCGUCCUGAAUCGUUGCACCAGGUGUCUUUCCUGUUCAGCGAUCGGGGAAUUCCGGAUGGCUACCGUCAUAUGAACGGAUACGGAUCGCACACUUUCAAACUGGUCAACGCUGAGGGUCAGCCGGUGUACUGCAAGUUCCACUAUAAGACUGAUCAGGGCAUUAAGAAUUUGACCGUUGAAGAGGCGGAUCGACUUGCAUCCACUGACCCAGAUUACUCCAUCAGAGAUCUGUACAACGCCAUCUCCAACGGCAACUUCCCAUCCUGGACCUUCUACAUCCAGGUCAUGACCUUUGAGCAGGCGGAGAACUGGAAGUGGAAUCCCUUUGAUUUGACUAAGGUCUGGUCCCAUAAGGAAUUCCCUCUGAUACCUGUGGGACGGCUUGUGUUGAACCGAAACCCUCUGAACUAUUUCGCUGAGGUUGAGCAGCUGGCGUUCGAUCCCAGUAACAUGCCGCCCGGCAUUGAGGCCAGCCCGGACAAGAUGCUGCAGGGGCGUCUUUUCUCGUAUCCAGACACACAUCGGCAUCGGCUCGGAGCUAAUUACCUCCAAUUGCCCGUCAACUGCCCCUACCGCACCCGUGUGGCAAACUACCAGAGAGACGGCCCCAUGUGCUUGUACGACAACCAGG